AUGAAAUUAAGCAAAGAUGUUCGUGAAAGCAGAUUGACUUUGAGAUGGGCAUUGAGGAAUCUCCGAGUGAAAAAGCUUUACCUUCUUCAUGUUCAUCAACAGAUUUCCAUGAACCCUACAUCAAGUGGGCUAGAACAAAGCGAGAUCGAUGCAAUCCAGGAGUCGGAACUGACAAGUACAUAUGAGAGCCUUCUCAAGUACCGUGAUAUCUGCGAAGCUGAAGGAGCUACCGAACAAGAUGUGGAUAUAUUCUGUAGCUUGGCAAAUAAUGUUGGGGAAGGGAUUGUGGAACUCAUCUAUGAAAACAAUAUCAAUAAGCUUAUUAUGGGAGCAGCUGCUGAUUCCCACUACUUCGAGGCCAUGGUUAAUAUCACAUCUACAAAAGCCAAGUAUGUGACUAGCCACGCGCCUCAUUGCUGUAAAAUAUGGCUUCUAUGUAAUGGGAACCUCAUCCAAACGAGGGAGGGACGGUUUGAUUUUGGGGGUUCAUCUCACACAUCCUCCGAAUCCUUAACCAGCCUUCACGACCUUGAUUCUGCUCUGAUACCAUACGAGGAAGCAGGACGAGCUGAAGACGACGCCGCCGAGUCACAUGCCCUGUCGCCACCUGAAAACCAAUCAGCUGGAGGGUUUGAGACGAUGUACUACGAGGAGCAGAGACGGAGAUUAGAAAUUGAGGAACUGAGGAGAGAAGAGGAGCGACAGCAUGAGAUGAGGCGUGAAAGAGAGGAAUCACUCUCAAGUUCCUUUGGUGUCACUCAGAUUCUGUACAACGAAGAAGUAAGUCGCAGGAGAAUAGCGGAGGAGGAACUAAGCAGAGCGAAAGAAGAAAUCGAGAACAUGAAAAGGGUCCAAAAGGAACUCGAAGAACAGCUUUAUAUUGAUUACCCCCGUCUGUUAGAAACGUUCCAGAAGGAGAGAGACGAAGCUAUCAAAACAAGUGAAGAGCUUUUGAGACUUAUAGACCUGGAGAAGGGUGAGUCAUCAUCACGUUCACCAUCAACCCCGUUGCAGUGGUCUGUUUCCAACCAGCCUCCCCCAUAUUUCAUCUGUCCCAUCUCAAUGGAGAUUAUGCAGAAUCCCCAUGUCGCAGCCGAUGGUUACACUUAUGAAGCAGAUGAGUUCAAAAGCUGGCUCCGUCAUGGAGGUGAACAGUCGCCGAUGACAAACCUUAGGCUCGAGAAUCACAACCUCACCCCAAAUCUUGUUCUUCGUUCUGCUAUUAACGAUUGGUUGCAACAGCACCCCUUAUAUGGGAUAUGGAAUGGGGAAAAAAAGCCAGAAACACAAAGACGAAGAAAAAGGACGUCAAUGGCGGAACUCAUGGCCAUGGGCAAUGAUGUUGUUCAUGUUGCUGUGAAGAAUGAUGUCAGAGAGAGCAGAUCGACUCUGGUUUGGGCUUUGAGGAACCUUGGCGCCAAGAAAGUCUGCAUCCUCCAUGUUUAUCAGCCAAAAACUGCUUCUCCUGCUGCACGCAAGCUUGAAGAACUAGAGGCUAUAAUGUACGAAACAUUACAUGAUUAUUUUGACCUCUGUCAACAAGAAGGGGUGAAUGAGGACAACAUUUACAUAUCGUGUAUAGAGAUGAACGAUGUGAAGCAGGGGAUAUUGGAACUCAUCCAUGAGAGCAAAAUCAAAAAGCUCGUUAUGGGGGCUGCAUCAGAUCAUCAUUAUUCAGAGAAGAUGUUCGAUCUCAAGUCCAGAAAGGCAAAGUAUGUGUACCAACACGCGCCAAGCUCGUGCGAGGUUAUGUUUAUGUGUGAUGGACAUCUCAUCUGCACAAAGGAAGCCAGUCUUGAAGACCAUAUGGAUGUUACAGAAGCCGAAGCUGAACAAUCGAAACCGAAGCUCUAUUCCUCUGCUUCACCAAAAUGCUCUGCAGAAUUGGUCUCUGCAAUUGUAGCUUACAUUGACACAAGGAGAGACAGGGACAUGCUAGAGCCAACUGCAUCAGAGGAUCAAUCUGAAAGCGACAGGAAUCAGCUGUAUAGACAGCUUAAGCAAGCACUUAUGGAAGUUGAGGAAUCGAAAAGAGAAGCGUAUGAAGAAUGUGUCAGGCGGUUUAAAGCUGAAAAUACCGCCGUUGAGGCCAUUCGCACUGCAAGAGAGUAUGAAGCUAUGUUCAAUGAGGAAGCGAGACUAAGGAAAGAAGGUAAAGAAGCAUUAGCAAAGCAGAGGAAAAUGGUGGAGAAGACUAAACAAGAGAGGGACGACGCACUUACCAUCAUUCUGAAUGGAAGAAAGCUAUACAAUGAGGAACUGAGACUCAGAGUUGAAGCUGAAGAGAUGCUGGGGAAGGAGAAAGAAGAACACGAGAGAACUAAGAAGGAGAUGGAAGAAGUGCGGGUCAUUGUUAAGGACGGGAUGCAACUGUACAACGAGCAGCUGAGACAGAGGAAAGAGAUGGAGGAAUCAGUGAAGAGACAAGAGGAAGAGCUCGAGAAGACAAAGAAGGAGAAGGAAGAAGCCUGCUUGAUAAGCAAGAACCUGAUGCAGCUAUAUGAAGACGAGGUGAGGCAGAGGAAAGAAACAGAGGAGUUAGUGAAGAAAAGAAGAGAGGAGCUUGAGAAAGUGAGGAAGGAGAAAGAAGAAGCUUGCUCUGUAGGACAAAACUUCAUGAGGCUAUAUGAAGAAGAAGCAAGACGUAGAAAAGGAACAGAGGAAGAUCUCAGCAAGGUCGCUGCUGAGAAAGACGCAGCUAGCUCCGUCUGUUCAGAGAUUCUGUUGCUUCUUCAGAGCUACACCCGCCGCCAUGGAAUGCCUUCUGGAUUCUCUGAUGAGGAUUCCGUUACCCGUCAGCCUCCGUCGUAUUUCAUCUGCCCCAUCUCGCAGGAAGUAAUGCGAGAGCCUCGUGUCGCAGCCGAUGGUUUCACCUACGAAGCAGAAGCCUUGAGAGAAUGGCUCGACAAUGGUCACGAGACUUCACCAAUGACGAACCUGAAGCUCGCCCACAACAACCUUGUCCCUAACCACGCCCUUCGCUCCGCCAUUCAAGAGUGGCUUCAACGAAACUCUUAA